CAGCAAAUCGCUGCCCCAGAGGCAGGGAGUCGCAGCCCCAGGGAGUGUCCAGCAGGGUUCCAUGUGGAGGAAGCCAGUGGAGAGUGUGUCCGCUGCACAGACGGAGUGGAUUACACCAGUGUUUCCAACAGCCUCUCUUCUUGCUUACGCUGCACGGUUUGCAAAUCAGGCGAAGAAGAGAAGACCCCUUGCACAGCAACUGCGGACACACGGUGUGAGUGCAAGCCUGGAACUUUCCGUGACGAAAACUCCCCCGAGUUCUGCCAGAAGUGCCGCACCAGGUGCCCUGAUGGGAUGGUCAUGGCCACGCCGUGUACCCCCUCGAGUGACCUCAAGUGUGUGCCUCAAGAGUCAGGUACCCGGGCCAGUGGGGAGGCCCUGGAUCCUGGAGAGCCAGUGACCACGAACCUGCAACCGCCCACCGCAUCCUCUCCCUCCUCAGGGAAUUUAAAAGUGGUGGCCAGAAGAGCAGCUCUUUCUCCAGCUUUCCUUUUAGUGGUGGUGAUCGCAUGCUGGCUCUGCAAGUACAAAGUUCAAGGUUGUAGACUGCACCGCAAAUUCAUGGACAAGGUCCUUUUCUGGCGACCACAUCCCUCAAGAAGGCCGGAGGCUCUGGACAAUGCCCGCAACGACACCCUGAUCAAUAGAGACUGCCUGUCCUCUCCAGUCUCUGAUCAGGAGGUAGAAGACCCUGAGCAGGUGGAGCCAACGGGAGUACAGUCCUCAGGGGAAGCAGACCAUCUACUGAGACCCGGGAGGACAGGUGGCUGCCCUGGUCACUCAGCGAAUCCGGGACCCCUGACGAAGACCGAGACCUUUCUCCACUGCGUUUCACAGGAACCGGCAGCAGCUGAAGGGUCUCGGGUGCGCAGAGGGCCACUGGUUCCUGCAGACGGUGAAGACCCCACAGAAUGUGAGUGUUUGUCCCUGGACCGUGGACUAGGAGUGGAGGGACGCGCGACAGUGUCUUCACUGCGUCCCCACAGCUGUGAGGGUGGGAAGCAGGUCAGGGAUGCAGAGCAGCAGCUGCCUCAGCAGGGGGAGCUCUUCAGGCUUGAGGCAGUUCUUGAUGACUUUUCCACCAUCGUGCCUUAUGAUGCCUGGGACAAACUCAUGAGGAAGAUGGGCCUCACCCAAAAUGAGAUCCUGCAGAGCAGAGAUCGUGCCCAGAACACCGGGGAUGCCUUGUAUGAGAUGCUGGAGACCUGGGUCCGCUGCAAAGGGCGGGAGGCCUCAGUCAACGACCUCCUCGAUGCCUUAGCAGCACUGGGGCAGAGACACGCAAAGGAGAAAAUUGAGGACAACCUGGUGGGCUCCGGAAAGUUCGUCUUCAAAGAAGGUGAAGCUGGUGCUGCUGUGUCCUGAGUGUUUGAGGACCUCAUCUUCCAGUUCUGGACUC